UUUCCUUGUAGUGGAGACAGUACUUCCUCAAAUAUCUUGUAGAGACCAUUGGCAUGGGAGAAAGAGCAUGGCCUUAGAGUUAGAAAAUGGAUUAUAGAAUUUAGAACUGAAGAGGAUUUUGGCAUCUACUUCAACCUCCUCAUUUUGCAUAAGUUACAGAGAUCAAGUGAUUUAGCCAAGCUCACAUAACUAAUAAGAAUGGAGUCCAGUUUUGAAUUCUGAUCUCCUGACUAUAAGCUCAAGCCUCUCUCCAUUACAACAGGUUGCCAGCUAAGUGGCCUAGAACAAACCACUUCCUCUCUCCUGGAAUGAGUGAAUUCAUCUGUGAAAUGAAGAGGUGGAACUAGAUGAACUCGAAGGUCCCCUUUCAGCUCUGUGAUUUUGUGAUUAGUUAUUGUAGUUAUCCUGGGUCAAAAUAAGAGGGUGCAAACCUAAAAAACAAACAAAAUCUACUUCCUGCCUAGGCAGGUAAGGAAGUAUUUCCUAUGCCAGUCUCCUAUUUGCCUUUCCAUUAUCACCUAUAAAGACACCAAGAGUGGCUUCUCAGGAAAUCUGGAAAAUGACUCUUGACUGGACCUUCCUCAGCAAGUUAAGACAGGACUCUCAACAACAACAACAAAAAUAUGUUUAAAAGGUGAAACUUCACACGUCUUAUAGGUGCGAGGUAGGAAAAGGGAUGCUUCAGAUCUAGUUUCCUCGAACAAAAGCUGUCUACACUGGGGAAAAUCUAUACUUUCCCUAGCCCAGUGAGCAGAGUGAGCCACUGGACACUUUGCAAGGUUUGACGUUCCCGUUUUUGCAAUCUUCCCCCUGACUUGCAGACCUUCAAGGCUAGCAAGUAAUUGUGCAACAUCCCCGAGUGCCACAGCUGCCGCUACUGCUGAUUCUUGCCCACUGGAAGGGGAGGAGGGAGGAGGAGGAGAGCACAGGGCAUACACUCUUUGAACUCCACUUCAGGUUUCAGCUUCUCCUCCCAUCCCCUCCUGCUCCCCCGGGUGGAGCCCCAGAGUCAUCUGCCCUGAGGGAGGAAAGAAGGAAGGAACUGGAAACUGGGUCUCAGCAAUACGCACACCUGAGCCAGCUGUUCUAGACCUGACUGACCUCCCUCACCUCUCCGGUUGCCCAUCCCGCCCCUUGGUACUCUUCCCACCUGUGGCUCCAGCGGGCCAAACCACGCCAAAUCGGGCCCACCCCGCUGCACCCUGCCCUCUUAUUGGCCAUCCUGGGGAGUCUGGCUGGCUUGCCCCAGCUCCAUAAAUACCAGCACAUCAUUUUCUAGCCAUUAGAAUCCUCUGAGUAAGGGAGAAAACAACAGCGCCAGCAGCAGCAUCCGUCACCUCCAGCACCACCUUGGCGGCAGGUCCUGACUCCAGCCGCAUGGGCAGACAUCUGUAAAUAGACAAACAAACCGGAGAACAAAGACGUCCGCUGCGUGCAGAGCACGCUCUCACUAGAGCUGUUCGGGGCACCACAACCCAGCACCGGUGUCUCCUUUCUCUCUGAACUCUAGGGCAGCUGCAAUUUAGUCGCUGUUCCAGCUCUGAGCAUCUUUCAAUACCUUCGACUUCCUUUGCUGCUCCUCUUCACUUAUCUGCUUAUCCCCAAUUUCGUGCUUUUCUCCUCAAUCGUCCAGACCUCUCUGGAUCCGCAUCCCCGCUCCUCUGACACUUUUAGCUUCUGUCCCACACAUAUCCGCACACGUACAACCCACACUACUCUCUCCGUCUCACUUGCCUACACUGCUUCGGUCCCUGGAAGCCAUGAGUUUGCCUAUCAGGAAAACCCCCUAUGUAGCUGCCUUCAUGAAGCAAAUGGGUGGGCUUAGGCAGUCUCCUCAACCUGUCACAUUCUCCGUGUGCUCCCCCCAGCCUCCCGAAGUGCCACCAAUCUGCCCUCUGAUGGUGCCCAGAGAGGUGCAGGCCGCAUCUGCACUUCCCGGUCCAACCAACUGGCCCCUUCUGGGCAGCCUGCUGGAAAUCCUCUGGAAGGGGGGCCUGAAGAAACAGCAUGCUACUCUGGCAGGGUACCAUAAGAAGUUUGGCAAGAUUUUCCGAAUGAAGCUGGGCUCCUUCGACUCUGUCCAUCUGGGCUCCCCGUGUCUGCUGGAGGCACUCUACCGUAAAGAGAGCAUGUACCCCCAGCGGCUGGAAAUCAAACCCUGGAAAGCCUAUCGUGACUAUCGCAAGGAGGGCUAUGGGCUGCUGAUUCUGGAAGGGAAAGAUUGGCAGAGAGUAAGGAGUGCCUUUCAAAAAAAGCUAAUGAAGCCCACAGAAAUUAUGAAGCUGGAUGAGAAAAUCAAUGAGGUCUUGGUGGAUUUUAUGAAAAGAAUAGAUGAUCUCUGUAAUGAAAAUGGCCAAAUUGAAGACUUAUAUAGUGAACUGAACAAAUGGUCAUUUGAAAGUAUUUGCCUAGUGCUGUAUGAAAAGAGAUUUGGACUGCUGCAGAACAAUGCCAGUGAUGAUGCUUUGAACUUCAUUACAUCCAUCAAAACAAUGAUGAGCACUUUCGGGAGAAUGAUGGUGACCCCAGUGGAGCUUCACAAAACCCUGAACACCAAGGUUUGGCAGAUGCACACUCAGGCCUGGGACGACAUCUUUAAAUCAGUCAAAUCAUGCAUCAACAGACGCCUGGAAAAGCACUCAGAGAAUCCCAGUGAGGAUUUUCUUUGUGAUAUUUAUCACCAGAAUCAGCUUUCUAAGAAGGAGCUGUAUGCAGCCGUAACAGAGCUCCAGCUAGGUGCAGUGGAAACGACGGCCAACAGCUUAUUGUGGGUUCUGUACAAUUUAUCUCGAAAUCCCUGGGUACAGAAGAAGCUUCUUGAGGAAAUAGAAAGAGUUUUGCCUGAACAACAGACACCCAAUGCAGAGGACUUGAAGAAUAUGCCUUAUUUAAAAGCCUGCCUGAAAGAAUCAAUGAGGCUAACACCAUCUGUGCCAUUUACAACUAGGACUCUUGACCAAGAAAUGGUUCUUGGAGACUAUGCAUUACCCAAGGGGACAGUUUUAAUGUUAAAUACUCAGUUCUUGGGAUCUAAUGAAGAAAAUUUUGAAGACUGGAGUCAGUAUAAACCAGAACGCUGGCUUCAGGAAAAGAAGAAAAUCCAUCCUUUUGCUCACCUGCCGUUUGGUAUUGGGAAGAGGAUGUGCAUUGGGCGGCGCUUGGCUGAACUCCAGCUCCAUUUGGCUCUUUGCUGGAUUGUACGAAAAUACGACAUUGUAGCCUUAGACAACAAGCCAGUGGAAAUGCUGCAUCUUGGCAUCCUGGUCCCCAACCGGGAACUUCCCAUAGCUUUCUUGGCACGAUGAGGUACUUCAGCCUAAUUAUUCUUCAGCUUCUCUACUGAGUACCAAGAAGAGCAUUUUUUGCUUAUGCUCAAGACUGGUGUUCAAACUACUGGAUGAUCAAUGAAAAAGACUACUUUUCAAGAGCAGCAGAUGGCAUUCACAGGGCAUUUAAUCCCUAUCUUAGGUAGACAUUCUUUUCUCCCAUAUCGUCUUUCUAAUACCUCUGGCUUAUGUAUGAAUGAUAGUAUUUAUUUUUACUAUAACCAACUCAGAAAACUGUAUUGAAUGCUGGAAUACAGGGUAUUUUAUCUUUAUAUCAGGUCAGUAGUAAGUAAAAGCAAUUAUUACUGUCUAAAGGUGCCCUGACUUGAAUUAGCUUUGGUCUUAUCUUGGUAAGUGAGCCAACCUUUCUAUCUAACACUAGGGAUUCUCUCAUGACCUGAAAAGGGAGGAGGAGGGGUCCUGAGAAAGUGAGACAGAAGAUGGCAACUAUCUUUGUCCUUACCUUAGGGGGGUCUUAAGCUUCAGAUGGGUGAAUCUGGGACAUCUCCCUAUAUAUAACUCACAGCUAAAGACCAAAUGUUAUCUGGGGCAGAAAAGAAAUAUCAGCAAAUCUAUAAACUAAAGCUCAGUUUAUACCUCUAUUGUAAAUAUAUACUGCUUCAAUAUUUCAAGGGUUUGUGAUUUCAUCUGUGUGGGAAAUUCACCAUUGAUUACAAUCUCUCUGUGUUUUAAGAAAAAAAUCUAUCAUCCAGAGUCAAGCAUUUUGAGAAGGAGGCUUUCUGAAUUUAGCUAGACUCAGCCUUGCAGGACAGACACAGUUUACAAGACAAUCAUUGAAUAACUUAAUCAGUAUCAAGAGAAUGUUAACUAAAGGGUCAGCACCCAUAAAAGUAUUGGCUAAGCCUACCUCCCUUCUGAUAAAUUUAAGGAUAAGUUGGAUAAGGAUAAAAUUAAGGAUAAGUUGGAAAUUUUUAAAUAUAUAUAUAUAUAUAUAUAUAUAUAUAUUCAUAUAUCUUUAACCAAUACAAAGAUUAUUCUUUUAAACAGGUAAUUCACCUUGAAAACCUAACUGUAAAAAUUAUUAAUUUGCUAAUUUUUCCUCCCUUUUGCUUUGUGGUUUAUAACCAUUAUACCAUAGGCAAAGACUCAACCUUUUAGAAAAUGUAAAAGCCUAGCAAUUUUAUUAAAUUUAUUCAUUUAAAACAAGGAUCACUUUUUCCUUUGACUUAUUUUUAUAAUAAUGAUAUUAGUGAAUUUAGGAUCUGUCAGAUUGGAGUGAGAGCUUGGAUGUUUGUCUCAGCCCAACAAAGAUUUAAUUCAUGACUUCAGAAAAAUAAUUUACUUUACUUCAAUUUUCCCAUUUAUAAAAUGGAACUUUAGUAGGUCCUAUAUGUCUAAAUAAUAGUUCUUAAACUUUUUUGUUCAUGUGUUAUAUUUUGCUUUGAGAAAUACCAAUGUAUUUAUGAGAGGGCCAAAAGAUUCAUACAUUCCCUCAUAAUUGCAAAUGUAUGUUCUGUCUAAUUCCCUGCACCUUUAGAAGAAAUUUAUGCCAUCCCAUGGCAUACCUUUUAAGAACCACUGUACUUAAGGACUGUAUUGAGGUUUAUUUAUGCAACAUUUCUUAGGUGCUUUUGAAUUCUUCAAAAGAAGUGAAAUUAUACAAUGCAAAAUAUCUAAAGAUUCUUGUCAUACAGACAGUACGAAGUAAGCCAAUUUUGCUUAUGUUUAUAUUUUUAUAUGCUCCUGUAAUUAGUUUUUCUUCUAAACGUAUUGAUGUACUUCUAAUAAAGUUUAUAUUUUUAGUAAAUGACAUAUUCUUAACCAUCAGAAAUGCAAAGCUUUCACAUCCAUGAACAUGUGUAUAUCAUAAAAGCAGUUCUGCAUUUUCUCCAUAUUAUUUUCAUAAUUACAAUUAUACUUGUACUAUCCAAAAAUGCUUUUGUAUAUCAUCUGUGACCUCUGGGGAAGCACUGUAAUAAAAGUGAAAUUUUAAAACA